CUCCAGUUAUGUAAAGUAUCCCUCCUCUUAGUGACGUCAGACGUACAGCGCGCUCUCGUUUUCGUGCACGCGGGUAUGUUGAACUGAACAGGGAGUCGACAAAUCUAGCUAUACGUGCAGUUACAUACAUUCACCAAUCCAGAUGCGGAUUGUCACUGACGAGCAUCAGUCCCUAAUCCAACUAUGAUCUGAGAGAUGAUAGCAGAACCAACUUUACUGUCCAGAUCGGUGCAAAAAGAGAAUUCAGUAGUCGAUGCCUCUUCCUGUGUAUCAGUACAUAACGCCUCGAGUGAGAGGAAUGAAAACAGACAGAAGACUGUGAGGGCAAAGAGAAAAGCCCGGGAAUGCUCGGAGAAUGCUAAACGUAAGCGUUCAAAGAGCAGUAAUGGGAGUCUGGGAAGAGCAGAGAACAAUCAGCUCAAAAAUGGAGACGUGGAAGCUGUCACCUUGUUUGAGGUGGUCAGCAUGGGCAGGAGUGCCAUGCAGGCUGUAAUGGAUGACUGGAUUGAUGAUUAUACUGCGGACAGAGACACGGCACUGCUGGAUCUCAUAAGCUUUUUUAUCCAGUGUUGUGGAUGCAAAGGGAUGGUAACAGCUGAAAUGUUUCAGAGCAAACAGCGUGCUGACGUCAUGAGUAAAAUGGUGGAAGAUCUGGAUGAGGGCACAGGUUUACAAUACAAGAAGUUUCUUGCAUUUCCGUGGAUUUUAACUGUCACAUGGCCUCUUGACAUUGACAGUGGCGAGUAUCCGCUCAUCAUGUCUGGCCUGUAUUGGAAAAGGUUUCGUUCGAAUUUCUGUGAUUUCGUAUCGGUGCUAGUGGCCCAGUGUCAGAACUGUGUAAUCUUUGAUGGCUACCUCCUAAACACGCUCAUCUCACUUCUGACAGAGCUCUCUGAUUCCAGAGUUCGUGCUUUUAGACACACCUGUACACUGGCAGCGGUUAAACUGCUUAGCGCUCUGGUGAAUGUGGCUCUUAGCCUCAGCGCCGGCAUUGAUAACAGUCAGCGGCUGUAUGAGGUUGAGAUGGCCAAAGCGGCCAGCAAACGGGCUUCUCCGAGGUUGGAUAGGAUCCAGAGGAAGAUCAGUGAGUUACAGGACAAGAAAUUUGAAAUAGAGAACAUGAUGGAUGCCAUUUUUAAAGGUGUUUUCCUGAAGAGAUACAGAGAUGUGAUUCCUGAGAUCAGGGCCAUCUGUAUGGAGGAACUGACGGUGUGGAUGAAGCUGUACAGUUCAGUGUUUCUGAAUGACAGCUACCUAAAGUAUGUGGGAUGGAUGAUGCAUGACAAGCAACCUGAUGUGCGUCUAAAAUGUGUACUGGGUUUACAGGGACUUUAUCAGGAUCAAAUAAGUCCCAAAAUGGACCUCUUCACAGUCAGGUUUAAGGAGAGAAUAAUCUCUAUGACGCUGGACAAAGACCAUGAAGUGGCGAUACAGGCCGUGAGAUUGCUGAUGGUCAUGUCCCAAUCCUGUGAGGAUGUUUUAGGUCCUGAUGACUAUAAGAACAUCUUCCAGCUUGUGUAUUGCUCCCAUAGACCUCUAGCUACCACUGCUGGUGAAUUCCUCUACAACAGGCUUCUCAGUAACCCUGAAAUGGUAAGAUCCAUGGAAGGAUCCUCUGAACAGGAUAGACACAGAGAGCUAACAUUAGCCAGAGUCCGAGCCCUUAUCCGCUUCCACACAGAGAGUCAGCUGCAUCAGCAUGUGCUAUACCUCGUGGACACUCUGUGGGACAGUGCAGGAGUUCUGCUGAAAGACUGGGCCGGUCUUACCUCACUUCUCCUACCUCACUCUUCCUGUCAGGAACAAGCUUUGAGCAGUGUGGAGGAGACCUUUGUGAUUGAACUCCUGUUGGCAUCAGUAAGACAGGCAUCAGAGGGUCCUUCAUUAUCAGGGAGAGGUACAGGAAAAAAGGUCAUGAGUGCUAAAGAGAAAAAGGUUCAAACUGAUGACUGCGUGAAACUCACUGAACAUUUUAUUAAAGUGCUACCUGAGCUUUUAUCUAAGUACUCGGAGGAUGUUGAAAAACUGACUUCCUUUUUAAGAAUACCUCAGUAUUUCCAGAUGGACACCUUUGAUCAUGACAACACACAGUCUGUGCAGGCCUUGCUGGCUGAACUGGAGACUGUGGUGGGCAGACACACAGACAUAGACGUGCUGGAGACAGCUGCUCGUUCCUACCAGAACAUCUGUGCUGUUCAGGAUUCCCCCUGGUACCCUUCAGCCCGAUCCACCUUUGACCAGCUCAUUCAGUGCUGGACACAAACACUGGGAGCACGGCUAGAAGAAUCACUGAAUGAUUGUAGUUUUACCGCAAAUGAAGACAGCACUAUUGAAAUUCUGUCUACACUGAAGAAACUUACUGCAUUCAACAAUGCUCAGGAUCUGUCUAAAUGGAGCCUGCAUGAGCUGGGGACCAAACUGCUGGAGGCGGAGAUCAAACACGGUGGUCUGCCCACGGAGAUAACAAUUGAGGCUCUGCGCUGUAUGUGUAGCUGCAUCCUGUGGAAGCUCAACACCUUUGGUGAAGGUCUGACCUCCAGGGAAUCUGCCCUCCACCGGAGAAACCAGCUUCGGGUCUUUUGUGAGAAAUGCCAUCGCUGUUUGUCGCACGCCCAGCAGCUCGUAAGAGAGCAAGCCUUCAUGUGUUUAAGUGAUGUUCUCAUAGCUCAUAGUAACCAGCUUCAGACGUGGGACUCUUCAGCAGGUUCUCCGGUGCUGUACACUCCUGAUCCAAAACUUCAAAAAGCUCUACUGUCCUUUAUCAUGGAGCACAUCUUCAUAAGUCCUGACCUGGACACCCAUAGCAGUAAAGUCGGCGAGAGUGAAUGCGAAGAGUAUCGACUAGAAGACUUACACAGGCGCAGGAAUCUUCUGGCUGCGUACUGCAAGCUGAUAGUACACAGUGUGCUUGAGAUGAGCAUGGCUGCUGAAGUUUUCAAGCAGUAUGUGAAGUAUUACAAUGACUUCGGUGACAUCAUCAAAGAGACCCUGAACAGGACGAGGCAGAUGGACAAGAUUGAAAGCGCACGAACGCUGGUGCUGUGCCUUCAGCAGCUGUACCUGAGGCUGAAACAGGAGCAGGACCGAGGGAACACAUGCAGCUCCAGGGUUCAGACCUACAGCAGCAUUAAAGAGCUGGCCAGACGUUUCUCGCUCACCUUCGGCUGGGACCAGAUCAAAUCCCGCGAGUCUCUGGCCAUGAUUCACAGGGAUGGCAUCGAGUUCGUUUUCAAAGGAUUUGUUCAGCAGUCUGAAAAACACUCCCCACCACACAUCUCGUACCUCAUCAUCCUCAGCGAGUUUUCUAGUAAGCUGCUCAAACCUGACAAGAAAACUAUCUACAGUUACUUGCAGAGGUUUGCUGGUGAACAGAUCAUUAAUAAUAGAGAGGAGAGCUGGAUGCCACUUAUUUACUACCGAGCAUCCCUGAUGGGCACGGCCGAGGGAGAAGAUGCCGUCUCCUUCAUCAGCUCUGACACUAACAAACAGCCCUCUCUAAGCAACCACUCAAGGUCACCCUCUAUAAAACAAGUUCAGUUUGAAGAUCAGAGGUUCAUUUCACCCUCCUUAGAACCAAAAGGAUGCAAGCUUGCGAAGAGUUCUGAAGAAACAAAGGUCCAACAAAGCACGAGCAGCAGUCUCAUAGCUGAUAAAGGACCACAGGGCAGUGAUGAAGUGGAUGUUGAUACUGUAGAUAUUGAGGUUUAACUCAUUCCCCGCCAGCAUUUUUUUUAUUUAAAUUUAUGGGUGUACAGCAUUUCCAAUUUUAUUUGUUUUUGCACAAAACCCUAUGUAAACUAGAGACCACAGGGCAUGACGGUUAUUUAUUUGAAUGGUAUCAAAAAGCGAGUUAAGCCAAAGAAAGUGUAACAAAUUUAGCCAGUCUGUGGUGUACCUUGAUAAAAGUACACAAAUAAAAUACUCAAAUUCAAAGAUAUAUACCAUACAUAUGCUAUAUGAAUAUAAAACAAACCCAUAAUACUGUAUUUUGGGCCCUCAGCAUUUUUCCACAUUUGUUUAAAUUUCUCUGUACUUGACUUUAGAUGAAACACAUAUUUUGUUGCACAUUGCUAAAUUUAGUUUUUAUUCAGGUAUUCAAAUAAGCUUGUUGUUAUACAAGUUGUUGUAAUGUGUACAUUUUGUAAACUGAAACUUUCAGGUCUGGGGGUCACGGAAUUUCAUGUAUUGAAUAUAAAUAUUCAGCUUAAAAAUGUUUUAUUUGCUUGAGGUUGCUGUAAACAUCAUGAAUUUGAUUUUGUAAGUCGUAAAAAUGAAGCGAUUAAAGGUAAAAAACCUUGUAAUACAACUAGACCAGUCAUUCUUAUAAAUAUGGGUGUAAAUCCAAACACAAACUGGAUCAUUUCAACCAAAUUUGUGAUUGCAGAAAAUGUAUAAAUAAUGGUGCUAUGAAGAUGACCUAAAAAAAAGUAUGUUUUAUUUUUGUGCACAAUCAUUAAUAUGUUGUAAAAGAACAAACAAGUGUAUUUAACCAAAUUAACUGUAUGGUUUUUGAUUCUUCCAUGUAUAUGCGUUAUAACAUUUGUUCAAUAAAACUUAAACAUCUUGCUAAA